AAAGAAGAUAACACAGGCAAAGGUUGCUUGUAGGGGUGCUUUUAAGCACUAUAAAAUACAAGGUUUCUACCUCAAUCCUCAUUAACAAGACUUCCUACAAAAAAAAAAUAAAAUUUGUCUUGUUCUGUUUCACAAGUCCCUCUCUCUGUCUCCUCUCUCAUGGCAAGAAAUUCAGACCCUCUAGUGGUUGGAAGAGUGAUUGGGGAUGUUGUUGAUACCUUCUGUCCAAGUGUCAAAAUGAGUGUCACUUACAACAACAGGCAGGUCUUUAAUGGGCAUGAGCUAUUUCCUUCCUCAGUGACCACUAAACCUAGGGUUGAAGUUGAAGGCGGUGAUAUGAGGUCCUUCUUUACACUGAUUAUGACAGACCCAGAUGUUCCUGGUCCUAGUGAUCCAUACCUGAGGGAGCACUUGCACUGGAUAGUCACAGACAUUCCAGGCACCACAGAUUCCUCCUUUGGGAGAGAGGUGAUGGAAUAUGAAAUACCAAGGCCAUACAUUGGGAUCCAUAGGUUUGUGUUUUUUCUAUUCAAGCAGCAAAGAAGACAGGCAGUGGCAACACCAUCUUCAAGGGAUCAAUUCAGUACCAGAAGAUUUGCACAAGAGAAUGGACUUGGCCUUCCUGUUGCUGCUGUCUUCUUCAAUUCCCAAAGGGAAACGGCUGCUAGGAGGCGUUGAUAAAAAAAAAUAAUAAUAAAAAAAAAAUUAAAAAAAAAUAAAAAAAAUUCUCAUGUAUGGUUCUAUCUCUAGCUAGCUAUAGCUACAAGCUGAAAUAGUACAUGUACUAUUUUGCUAAUGUGUUUGUGCAAAUACAUUGCUGCCUGUAUUUGGAAACUCAUGAGUUGCUACUAUAAGCCCCUGGGGCCUCUCUUUACCUCUUCACUCCCCUACCCUUUUAAGCAAAUGUAAGUUGUGCUAUUAUUGAUUAUGAAAAUAAAUAAAUAAAUUGUUGCAACCU